CCGUUGAAACUGUUUAAAGCUUGCAAUUAAUUUACAAAAGUCGAGUUAGAGUGAAAUUAAGUUUACAGAACAGCAAUGCACAUAAAAAAGGACAACUUCGAUGGACCCAGAACUGCGCACCAAAAUCGAUACCGCUUGCCGGAUGGAGGAGGAAUUCAUCAAUCUGUACAACGAAAAAGUAGCCAAGAAGCGGCAUCAGAUGACCCGGCUCUACAUGGACAACGGUUUGCUGAUGUCAUCAGCAACAUCCAGAAGUACUUCCAGGAACUGUCCCGCUUUGAACACAUUAUGAACACCCUGGUCACUCAGCCGAUCAUUGGCGACGCUGUGUCCUCGCAGCUGACGUUCAUCAUCAAGGUUUCGGGAACGGUCAUCUACCAGAACAAUUCUUCCAAACCCUUCCAGAAGACAUUCACGGUUACAGCCCAGGGCGACAAGUGGAAGAUUGCGAGUGAUUGCAGCGCUGCUUCCGGUUAUUGGAUGCUAUCUUUUUAGGGAAUCGAUCAAUACAUGGAUGCAUUGGAAAGCGAUAUUCCGCGAGUUUCAGAAAGAAUGAAAGAAUAUCCUUGAGGUGAUAUUUAACUUUAAUUGAAUCAUCACAGGGCUGGUAGCGGGUCUGGUUUUCUAUUUUAAUUCGAGUCUUUAAAAAGUGCAAAAUUAAGAGUUUGAUUACGUGACUAUUCAUCUGAUUCUUCAAGAAUUUCUUCUCAAAUUCCUCGAGAAAAAGCCUCAGGAAUUUUCCUAGUGCUUGCAUUAUAUUACAU